AUGGCUUCCACCAUUCCUCUUCUAGUAGCCAUCCAUGAAAACCUUGGCAUUGUGCACUGGAACCUCUUUAUUGAAGUUGACAACGAAGCUGACAAGAUAAACAUUCAAAUCCUCGGUGCGCGUCAGCGGUAUUUCCCUGACAUAAAGACACCGUCAGACGCACGUAUUGUGAAUUCACUUAUGGAGAUUCUGCACCUUUUUCGAAUUGAUUCGAGAAAAAUUGGGAUCCCUGAGAACAUUGUAUACGAAGAGCUUACUUCAUUUCCGUUGCUUUACUCUCGAUUAAUUCCUGAUUCGCGGGCUUUCAACCUAAACCCCGGUGAUUGCACUACACCGUGCCCCAAAAACCGGCUCAUCCCUAUAAUCCCGGCCAUGGUCAUCUUUCCUAGCGGCCUGCUACUGCACGGAUGGUCACUCCAAUUUCGCUAUUAUUGGAUCAUUCCGACAAUCGCUACCAUUCUAUGUGGCAGUAGCACCACCCCGAUUCUGAACUACAUAGUAGACAUCUUUGGCAAACGCUCCGCCUUUGCUGUCGCCGCUGUUCUGCCUCUGCGUUACAUUGCCGGGGAUUUCUUCCUGUCGCUGCUCCCUGUUGUGCCCAUACCGUUGCUGGUGAUUGUUCAGCCCGAGAGAAUGAAGCCACUCACUAAGUUUUUGGGAUCUUACUAA